AUGUCAAACCAGCUGCCCACAGCUCAGAAGGAUCAACUGUCGUUUCCCCUACGCCAUAAUGUCAGCCAAAGACAAGGUAGUUCGGGCAGACGACCGGCAUUAUCCAGGGGACAGUCCAAUUAUGCCUCAAGUCCGACAUCCAAUGGUACUGGUGCAAAUGUUACAAGCUCCAAGUCCGGGAAACGACCCACUAGAGAUCGCUCUGGAAGCGGAAGCUCCAAUGCAAACACUGGUAAUUCCCUUAGCUCGACUGCUUCAACCGAACAACGAAAAGCUCGUGCUAAGUCCAUGAGUCAGACUCUCGCUACCAACUUACACGGCAACAAUCAAUACCUUGCUCAAGAGAGGGCAUACUUAAGAAAACUCCGAAAUCAGUGGGAUGACGAUUAUUACACAAAAGGUAUUAAGGGCGCAGAUGAAGAACCAAAUAAAGGUGAUGGUCUCAAUAAUGAUGAUGAGGACGAUGAUGAAGAUUUUCUGACAUACGGCAACACAGAUUUAUUGAUUGAUAUGGACGACGAAAAGUAUCAAAUAGAUUAUAGUCUAGCAUUCGAUAUCAUGAAAUCUGCGAACUCGACUUUGAAAAUUGCAAAGUCGGAGCUGAUCAGCGAAGAAACCGUCGAAGACCCAGCCGUCGUCGAACGGUUGGAUUGGCAAGCAAUGCUUUCCUCCGUUCUUACAGGCGAUGUCGUUCGAUCUGAGAAGACCAAAAUCAUCGAUAACACAAGUGUUAAUGAUGGCCAGGAACCGUUUCUCCACACUAAUUACAAGGAAAACCUCUGGUUUGGUAUACGCGCUAAGCUUUUCAACAGAACCGAAGAUGAUCAGAAGAAGAUAAUUUAUUAUCGAAGAACACUUACUGAUCAAUUGAUUGAUGAUAUCAUGAACUUCGAGAUUUCGUACGAUGAGAAGACUUUAUCUCCACGCGACCAGGUUGUUGAGGUUUUGGAAAAAUACGAAAGAGUUUGCGAGCAAUGGCGUAGCCUUGAGGACAUGAAACACGAUAAGCCCGCCUGUCGCACAGAGGCAUUUCAGAAUCGGAUUGACGCACUCAACGCCUGGCUUACAAUCACAGAUGCCAUCCGCCGAGAAACACAAUCAUUCAAACUUUGGGUUGGAAAUGACGAUCUUGACAUCAUGAGAGGAAAGAGUGAGUUAAUGAUGCCCGAUGAAUCAAAGUUAGAGAAUGACAACUUAACAAGCUCCAAGAACAAAGUCGUGAAGAAAAUCUUCGAGGAGGAUAACAAAUCCUUGGCUGAAAGAAUGAUGAAGGAAAAGGACGUCCACACAAUUUUCCGCAAGCGAAUUUUUAUUCCUCUCGCUCCAUGGAUGGUCAAGUCAAAGGAAACUUAUAUUACACUUGGCCACAUUUUUGAAACGCUCAAGCUUCCUGAUUACAUCCACAAUCUCAUUCAAUUAUGUCUAAUACCGAUGAGAUUAAUAAAAGAGAUCAUAAAUAUUAGAAUGAAGUAUGCAUUCAAACUCCAAAAUCCAACAUUGAUGAUGAUUGAUCAAAUGAUUGAGGAUUUCAAAUCCUAUAUAACAAUUGCUUUGGAAGUUAAAAAUGGGAUAAUGAGCUACUGCAGGCCCGAUGAGAACAAAACUUGGCUUAUAGAGGAUCUCUUUGUGAAUGACAUCAUCGACUUUGAUAAGGUUGUUUUGCAAUGUGUUCGAUACUUUCUCGUCCUUCUUAAUCGAAAGCUAAUUGAUAGCUCUAAAACACCAAAUACUUUUCGAACAAAUAAGGAACCUGAGGAGCUUGAGGACACUUGGAACUUUCUCAAGUAUUUGGGUGAAUUUAUAGAUGGUGGAAGCAUGGUCGUUGCAGAGAAUAUCACUUUAAUAACUCUGCGAUUAUGCCAAAAGCUCUUGGCUUAUUUAAACAAUCAGAUCAAGAACCCACCCAGCUCAAGCAUGAAUUCUCAGGAAUUGAUACGAUGGUACAACUCAACUACGGAAAAUUUUGGUCAGUUACGAAGAAAAUUAGCUCGAUUUACUAGCGAAUUGUCGCGCUCAUUUACGAACUCAAUUACAUUUGAGAUUCCAACCAACAAUGGAAGCCGUACAAAAGCUUUAUUGGAAGCUCUCAAGAGCACAGACCAUUUCCUUGUGUACACGGGAACCGUAGAGGCUCAAGGAAUGUACUUCUUUGCGAGUCCUGAAUUACGAGAUGACGAAGCAGAAAUUCUUAGAAUCAUCAAUGGCUCGCGUAUCGGUAUAGAUCAAUCCGAUUCUUUCGAUGAGCUUGUCCGUCUUCUUAACUUGAUAAGCGACUCAGGAUACGAUGAUACAGCUACCGAGGAGCCGGUUCCGAAAUUCGGUUAUGUAUUGGCAUUAUGUCCUCCUAAACCUAUCGUAUGGGAGGGCGAUAUGAUAACGCUCAAUAUAAAGGAAGUGCCGAUUUCGGACGUCAAAAUUGGACAAAUGUUGUUCGUAACAAAUGAGCCUUGCUAUAAUCUUGUUGUGAUGAGGACCCGAUUUGUCGAAUCUGUGACUGGUGCAAUGGAGGGAGGAAAUGCUCUCAAAGUUGUCGAGCAACGGUCAUCCUUAGCCAAAGUACACCACGAACUAACAAAAAUCAACAAGAUCUUCUUUAAAAUGACUUUGUCGAUUCUCGAUUCUGUCAAAAUCAUUAUGGAGAGGUGUAAAAGGAUAAUACCAAGCGGGGGCUAUCAAGAGUUAGUUAACUCCUAUUUCAUUUAUGCUCGAGACUUUGGUAAAGGAUCCGUGAAGUGGGCAGACCCGUCCAAAAAGCUGACUGUCAUUAUGAAGUUAAUUGAGCUCUCGAUUGAGUGGGUUAGCUUCAUUUGCGAUGACUGCAUCCCUACUGAUCGUAAAACAUUCAGAUGGUGCGUCUUGGCUUUGGAGUUUUCUAUGGAAAUGACAAGAGGAUUUAAUGUUUUAGUGCUCAAUGAGGAUCAAUUCAAUAAGCUACGAUUAAAAGUUGCGCGUUGCAUGUCUCUAUUAAUAUCCCACUUUGACAUAAUGGGUGCUCGUUCAAGCGAGGCGGAGAAGAAGAAACUUCUCAAGUGGACGUCGCAGAGGCACAAGAUCGAGAAUUCCUCGGAUGAUGAUUGUGUUCUUGCUGCGUACAGAGAGGACGUCAUGAAGGAGAUAGGGGAAAUUGAGAAGUACAGGGCUGAUGUUCAGGAGCAACUAAACUCAAUUGGACGCGUCCUAGAUGUUUCCGAUCUGGAAUAUCACUUCGUUAAAUUAUUGGCGUCGUCAUUUUCAAGUGUUUCCAUCCGUUGGCAAAAAGGUAGAUUCAUCGGUGGGGGAUCAUUUGGUCAAGUUUUUGCCGCAGUUAAUUUGGAUACCGGUGGUGUAAUGGCUGUUAAAGAAAUUAGAUUCCAUGACAGUCAAUCUAUCAAGAUCAUUCCUUCGAUAAGAGAUGAAAUGACUGUAUUGGAGAUGCUUAAUCAUCCAAAUGUCGUUCAGUAUUUCGGUGUUGAAGUGCACAGAGACAAGGUUUACAUAUUCAUGGAAUUUUGUGAGGGUGGAUCUCUCUCCGGUCUCUUAGCACAUGGAAGAAUUGAGGAUGAAAUGGUAAUUCAGGUUUAUACCCUACAAAUGUUGGAAGGAUUAGCUUAUCUACACCAGUCCGGUGUUGUCCAUCGCGAUAUAAAACCUGAAAACAUCCUUCUAGAUCAUAAUGGUGUCAUAAAAUUCGUUGAUUUUGGAGCCGCAAAAGUCAUUGCGUCCACAGGGAAAACAAGAGGAUCAGUAAUUCAAGCAUCACAUGCUGUGAAGAAUAACCCUGAAAACCUCAAUUCGAUGACCGGAACUCCUAUGUACAUGUCCCCAGAAGUGAUCACUGGUCAAUCCACUGCUAAAAAUGGUAUUGUUGAUAUUUGGUCUCUUGGCUGUUGUGUAUUAGAAAUGGCAACAGGGAGACGUCCUUGGGCGAAUUUGGACAACGAGUGGGCAAUUAUGUAUCAUAUCGCAGCUGGUCACAAACCUCAAUUGCCAUCUACUGAUCAAUUGAGCGAAGCAGGCCGAAAGUUCCUUUCAAGGUGUUUGGAACAUGAUCCUGCCAACAGACCCAGUGCAGUUGAGCUUUUAAGCGAUCCAUGGAUCGUGCAGAUCCGACAAGCUGCUUUUGGUUCCAGCGAUGGUUCGACGCCUUCAUCAGAGCUCGGGCCAGCUAUUACACCUACGGGGGAGGUGUCAGCACCAUUGAGCUCAUCAUCGGAGCUUGGGAAUAAGCUGAGCGAGGAGUAG